AUGUCUGAUAAUUUAUUUUUAGCAGAUAUUAACUUACCAUUACUGAAAUGGUUAACCAAUUUAAAAUUAAAUAGAGAUUUAUUUUCAACUGCACGGAAUCAAAAUUUAAAAUCAAUAACAGAAAUUUACAGAGAUUUGCAAUACAAUAUAAUCCCACCAAAGGAUGAAGAGUUACAAAAUCUGUGGACAAGCUUAUAUGACUUAAAUAACUAUUUUAUAAACUCAAUCGAUUAUAAUCAAAUUGAAAAAUCAUUAUUAUCAUUAAAGUCGAAAUAUAGAAACGUUUAUUUAAAAGGAUUUUACGAGAUUUGCAAUUGGUUUAAUUCAUUAGCAAACGAGUUUGACCCAAAUAAUUUUAAUAGCAAUGAGGGUGUUAGCAAUAGUAAUAGUAGCAAUAAUAAUCCAGCAAAUAAAAUCAAUGAUAUUAUAAAUAAUUUAAAUAGUUCAAGAAAAUUAGAAAAUAAAGAAAAUAGCUUAAAAUUAUUGGUAUCAUUUGAAGCCUAUGUACCAACAGUCGAAGAAAUUAAAAGGAUUUAUUGUAUUGAAAAUAAAGAAAUUUUAAUCGAUAAAUCAAAUAGCCUACCGGCUGACUUUAAAUUGUUUCAUAGUUUUUCACUACUUAAUCUAUAUGUAUUCCUAAUAAUUGUUGUUAGAAUUUAUAAAUUAAUUAAUGAAAUCUAUAAAACCUCAAGCCCAGAGAUUAUUCAACUAACCAAAGAAUAUUCAAAUCAGAUCAAAACUUUGGAAGAGUUUUUACAAUUUUUAAAAAUUAACAACCUAUUCUAUGUGCCAAAUAAAAAAGAGGUUUUAUUGAGAUAUUCAACUAAUAUUUAUAAUAAUGAUAAUAAUCAAACUAAUAAUAGCUCUAAUAAUGGUAAUAGUAAUCAAAAUUUAAAUAAUUUAAUAAAUAAUGGCAAUGUUAGUACAAGCAGUUUGGGCAGCUUGGGUGGUUUGGUAAAUGAUCAAGUUAAGAUAUUUGAAUUUACCGAAAAAGAAUUAAAAUAUUCCAAAAGAUAUUUUAAUUAUAAUGAAUUUUCAAUUCGACCCGCAGAAUUACCAUCCUCGCUAAACAAUAACGAAAUCAAUAAUUUAAUAUUUUAUACAACUACAAGUAAUAAUACAUUUAAAAUGAUUCAUCAUAAACCAAUUGAUAUCAAACCUAAAAUAAUUUUAUCAAUUUAUAACAAUAUUUUAUCAAUGUCCAAAAUAGAUAAUAAUAUCAAUAACAAUAGUGGUAUCAAUAGUAAUGGUAGUAAUAGCAGCAACAAUAUAAACUCAUCAUUUAGCAGUUUUAACUCAUCAUUUAGCAAUUUAAAUUUAAAAGACUCUAUUAAUAAUGAGGCUGGUUUAGAUUUUGGUGUGAAUUGCGAAGUUAACUCAAAUAACAAAGAAUGCUUUAUCUGUAGAUUUAGGUCCGAUUUUUUAAUGGUUUGCUCGCAUUGUAAUAAUAAACUAGUGUGUCAUUUAUGCUCUGUAAAUAAGACAUGUUGGGAUUGUUACUUUAAAGAAGAACAGCAUUAUAUUCCUUUAGAAGUGGUUGUAAAAUUAGAGGAUAGAAAGUUCCCUAGGUUAAUAUAUCUAUUAUUAAAGUCCUACUCCUUUAGAGAUUUAAUGAACUCACUCUAUCAAGAUAAGUUUGAACGUGACACCGUUAUAUCCCUCAAAGAUAGACUAACCUACAAGUUGCAUAAAACAAAACUAUACAAUUUUCAUCUAGUUAUUCCAAACAAUAAAAACAAUGGCCAGUUUAAAGAAAUUAAAAUAUUUGAUGACUAUAGUUUAAUAGUUUCAUUACGUUUGUUAAUGAACUAUAUAUUAUCAAAUUAUAUCAUCGAUCAAUCAAAUACAACCUCUUCAAAUGAUUUAAAUGACCAUAUCAAAAACAAUAAUCAGAAUUUAUUAAAUAAUUUAAUCAAUAACUCUGCACAGAAUCUAAGCUAUAAUAGCGAUAUUAAUAAUAACAACAAUAAUAAUAGUAGCUCAAGUUUCGUUGCAAACGAUAGUGAUAGCAACAUUGAUGAUGAUAUUUCAAGCAUAGGUAAUAGCAAUACCAAUAAUUCAAUGAAUAGCAAUACUGGGGGUUCAAAUUUUAAUAUCAAAAACAACCCAUUUAGAAAAAACAGUACAGGCUCUGGUACUGGUACACGUGGUUCAAAUAAUAGCAAUAAUAGCAAUAAUAGUAGAGGUGAUAGCAAUAACCAUAAUAACAAUAAUAAUCAUAGUCAUAAUAAUGAUAAUAGUACAUUUAAAAAUAAGAACAUUAUAGUAACAAUUGAAAACCCAUUAAUAUGGAGCAUAGAAAAAUUUGUAUUAAAUGUUUCAGAAGCAAAUAUCGAAAUUGAUAGCUCAUUAAAAAUUCCAUUUCAAUUUAUUAAAACAGAGGAUACUCCAUUUGCAUCAGGUGGUCAAGCAAAUAUAUAUAUGGUGAAACACAUCGAAUGGCCAGUUUUAUCAAACUUUCCAUCAGACUCAUUUGUUUUCAAACAUUUUGUCGAAAAUAAAGAUGCUUUGCAAAUCGAAGAAGAUAAAGAGCGUGAACUUUAUGAAGAAAAGAUUUACUAUGCCUAUAAAACAUCAGAAGGAAUUGAUAAUUUCAAAUACAACUUUUCAAAUAUCGAACAAACCGACAAGAAAUCACUAGCCACUUUAUUUUAUGAAGAAGUUGAUAAAUUGAAGAAAUUGCAAUUCUCUGAAUAUAUCAUUAAGAUGCCAGCUAUAUCCGAUGACGACCCAAAUAGAAGGGGAAUGCUUUUAGAAUGUGCUAUGGGCUCACUCAAAACCCAUCUUUUAGAAUUUCGUUCAUGGAAGUUAAUAAUUAGAUUUAUGAUGGACAUUUGUUUGGGUAUGAUGGAUAUUCAUAGAUGUCAAAUAAUUCACCGUGAUUUAAAACCAGACAAUAUCUUGGUGUUUGAAACAUCAUCAAAAAAUAGGGAGGAAUUUGGGGGUCUAAUUUGCAAAAUUACAGAUUUAGGUGCAGGUAUAAAUAAUGUGUUGGUGCACGAUAACAACUUUACAUCAACUUUUCAUACAGACGAUUAUGUUCCAGAAGAAUAUGGUAAAUAUCAUUAUGAUGGUGUAUUGGUCGACAUCUAUUCAUUUGGUUGCACAUUCUUUGAAAUGAUUACAAAGCAUCGUUAUCAGCACAAACAUCCCACACCAUUACACAAAGACUUUCUCACAACCGAUUUUCAAUAUAUUCCAAUCAGAAUUAAAAAUUUAAUUGCCUCAUUAGUAACAGAUGCAUCACAAAGAAAACAAUCAUUUGAAGAAGUUUAUUACGAUUUAGAAGAUAUAUAUAAGAAUGUUAUUCCAGGUCUCCCAGAUAUACCUCUUUCUAUAAAAGUACAAUCACCCCACCCACUUUGUAAAAGAUGCAACCCUCCAAAAUAA